AAGAUUAUCCUCCUUCUAACUCUGGGGCUCUUGAUGGUAGGGAUCUACCAUGCUAUCAUCUGCCAACAAUAUGGCACACUGGAGAGUAUCACUGAACUUCAGGAAUACCAAUUCAAUGGGACGCGAGUGGACAGUCUAACACUGGCCUCCAUCAACACUGACUUUGCCUUCUGUCUCUACAAGGAGCUGACUUUGAAAAACAGUGAUAAAAACAUCAUCUUCUCCCCACUCAGCAUCUCAGCUGCCUUGGCUGUCCUGUCCCUGGGAGCAAGCAACAACACUCUGCAAGAGAUUCUAAAAGGUCUCAAGUUCAAUCUCACAGAGACCCUUGAAGCAGACAUCCACCGGGGCUUUGGAUACCUCCUCCACAUAAUCAACCAGCCAAGAGACCAGGUGGAGAUCAGCACAGGCAGCGCCAUUUUCAUUAAAAAGCACCUGCAGAUACUGGCAGAGUUCAAGGAGAAGGCAAGGGCACUCUACCAGGCUGAGGCCUCCACGACUGACUUCCAGCAGCCUCGUGAGGCCGAAAAGCUCAUCAAUGACUAUUAUGUGAGGAAACAGACUCGGGGAAAGAUAAAGGAACUGAUCUCAGGCCUGGGAAAGGACACAUUAAUGGUGCUGGUGAACUACAUCUACUUUAAAGGGAAAUGGAAGUUUACCUUUGACCCUCGUGACACAAUCAAAUCUGAGUUUCACAUGGAUAAGGACAGAUCUGUGAAGGUGCCAAUGAUGAAAAUUAAGCGCCUGACCACACCCUACUUCCGGGAUGAGGAGCUGUCCUGCACUGUGGUGGAGCUGAAGUACAGAGGCAAUGCCAGCACCCUGUUCAUCCUCCCUGACCAAGGCAGGAUGCAGCAGGUGGAAGCCAGCCUGCAGCCAGAGACCCUGAGGAAGUGGAGGGACUCUCUGAGGCCCAGGAGGAUCGACGAGCUCUCUCUGCCCAAGUUCGCCAUCUCCACUGACUACGGCCUGCAGGACAUCCUUCCACAGCUGGGCAUCAGGGAAGUCUUCUCCACACAGGCUGACCUGUCUGGGAUCACAGGGUCUAGGGAACUGAGAGUCUCUCAGGUGGUCCACAAGGCUGUGCUGGAUGUGGCUGAGACAGGCACAGAAGCAGCGGCUGCCACGGGAGUCCAGAUUGUGGCAACGUCUCUAAAUAUGAAUCUUUUGAAAGUGAAUUUCAACAGGCCAUUCCUGAUGAUUAUCUCUGACACAAAUACUCAGACUUUACUCUUUAUGGCCAAAGUCACAAAUCCCAAGGGAAACUAGAACUUCCCAAGUGGUAAGGGUUCCUCCUGGGAGCUGGGAUUAAGUCUGUAUUUGGAUCUCUAUGUGUAUGUUGGCUCUCCCAUGCUCUGAUUGGCUGGCUGUGCCUGGAUUGGACAGGACAGUGAUUAACUGUAUGACUGUAUACACAGGGUCCUGUGGACAGUCGUGUCAGGUUCCUGUUCUCAUGCUGCACUAACUCCUGCUCCUGAGACUGA